GGAGCUGAAGGAACAUCCAGAGAAAAUGGGCGACAUUAAAAUAACAGACAAUUUGUUGGCGGCACAAGCUUUCGGUUUCUUCGUUGCCGGUUUUGAGACUUCAUCGACGACAAUGACCAACGCCCUCUACGAACUUGCCCUGAAUCCCGAUAUUCAAGACAAGUUGCGUCAAGAGAUCGAUGAAAACUUCGCGAGGAACGAUGGGGACUUUAAAUACGAAAAUGUGAACGACAUGAAGUAUUUGGACAAAGUGUACAAAGAGACGUUAAGGAAAUAUCCACCAAUCGGUGUGCUGCCACGAAGAGCUGUUCGUCCUUAUACUUUCAGAAAUACAAAGCUCACUAUACCAAGGCGUUUAAUGGUAUGGAUUCCUACACUGGCGAUACAUCGUGAUCCCGACAUUUAUCCAAAUCCCGACGAAUUCAAUC